UCAUAGUUGCGUCUCAUGUUUACGUGUAAAACAUGGCGGCGGAAUACCAACAAGGAGACAGCACCACCUAGUAAAUGCGACUGGCAGCAAGCUGGAAGACAGACGAGAGACAUAUUUAACCGUUAGUUUUUUAUAUUGUUCUUGCCGAUAUUUCGCAUCAAGAAGUUUCCCUCUUGUUUCAGCCACAGGGACCGCGGUGAUGGAAGACGAGGAGAGGCAAAAGAAGCUGGAGGCCGGCAAAGCAAAGUUGGCUGAGUACCGCCAGAGAAAAGCUCACGCUGACUCCCAGAAGAAACAGAAAAAGAAGAAGAAAAAGAAGCCGGGAGAAGACUCUGAGGGGGAUUCGCAGGGAAAGGUGGAGGUCGAGCCAGACCAGUCUGUGGGGGGAGAGGAGGUCUCAGGCCAAGGAAGAGAUGGAUCACAAGAAGGGACAACCACAGAGUUCACCUACGCCAGGACGCUGCGGAGUGGAGAGACUGUCAAGCAUAACCAGACCUACACCAUAGAGCCGGAAAGUGAAGUGUCCACUACUGCUGAAGAUUAUUCCACAGAGGUAAAUGGGUGCCAUGAUGAAAUGACAGAGAACCUAAGGAUGCCUUCGAAUGAUUUUAUUUGGGAGGAAGGGGAGCCCCUGCAACAGGUGACAAAAGGAGGUACAAUGGAGGAUGCACUCGCCGCCAAGACCCAGGCAGUGGAGGAGCUGAGUCAAGAGCUUGAAGAAAUCAGGGCUGCCUUUGGCACUGAGGGAGUGCAGCAGCUGCAAGACUUUGAGGCUGCUCUGAAGCAGCGAGAUUGCAUCAUCACCCAGCUCACAGCUAACCUUCAGCAGGCUCGUGAAGAGAAAGACGAGAUCAUGAAAGAAUUCCUGGAACUGACAGAGCAAAGCCAAAAACUACAUAUUCAGUUCCAGCAGCUGCAGGCGGGUGAAACACUGAGGAACACCAGCCACAGCAGCACAGCAGCUGAUCUUCUGCAGGCCAGGCAGCAGCUCAUGCAGUACCAACCACAGCUGGAGGAGCUCCAGCACAAGCUCAUUGAGAUGGAGAUGUCAGGGAGAAAAUCAGAAGAAUCAUUCAAACAAAGGAUAAAUGAAAAUGACCUGCUAAUUGCUGAACAAGAAAAAGUUAUUUCAGGUCAGAAGCAGUCGCUGACGGAGUUAAGGAUAGCGGAGGAGUCUUUUGCACAAACACUAAAAGAGAAAAAUCGGUUAAUUUCAGAGCAAACCGCAAUAAUAGCAGAACAUGAGCUGUCAUUAUCCCUGCUCAGAGAGGAACUUGCUCAUGUAGGACGGACUACUGAUGAAAAUAUUAAAGACCCAUCCGAUGAGAAAGACCUGAUUAUAGCAGAGCAAGAGAGAGUCCUUUCAGAACGCGACUGCUCUCUGACUCAACUUGAGGAUGAGCUGGAGUCUUCUGAAAAAAGCCUUCGUGACCUCCAACAGCGAAUGGCUGCAAAAGAGUCGGAGCUUGAAAGAUGCAUGGAUGAGUUGGAGAGUAGUAAGUCUCAUUUAGAAAGCUGUAAAAGAGAAAUAGAGAGUUGUAAAUUGGAAUUGGAGAGAGAGCGAGUGGAGUUCAAAAGCUGUAAGGAGGAACUUGCAACCUCCAGACAGAAAGAGCGAAUGUCAUCUAAUGAAAUUAUGCAGCUCAUGGGCACAGUAGAGGACUUGCACAAGCGUUAUCACCAGGGCAGCCUGUCUGGGAGCGACACCAUCCAGCAAAUGCAGGAAAAGACUGUGAGGAAGCUCGAACUUCUCAGGGCAGAGCUGGAUGAGAUGUAUGGCAAGCAAAUAGUCCAGAUGAAGCAUGAGGUUAAUUUGCAGCAUGCAGCGAAAGUGGAGCAAAUAACUGAGCAACAUCGUGCUGAGCUUGAGCUUCUAAAAGCACAAAAACUGUCUCAAAGCUCCACUGUUAGUGUUGAGGUGGACGCACUCAAUGAUAAGAUUAGGGAACUUCAAGAGACAUUAGAACAAUCCCAAGCAAUGCUCGUCAAAACUAGAUGUGAGCUUAACCAAGUCAACCAAGAGAAAUUCAACCUGCAGUCCAAGGUUGAGGAUCUCCUCAAAGAUCUCCGUUGUGCUAAAGAAAAAGUGGAGCAGGUCUCCCACAGUCUUAUCUCUCAGGAAAGUCGAAAAGGAGAACUGCAAUGCCUCCAGGAGACAAUUGACAAUCUGAAGAGCGAGCUGGGUGCUGCUCAGGAAGCGGCACAGGAAGUAGAAAUAAAACAUGAUUCCGAAAUAACCAAUUACAAGAUCAAGUUAGAGAUGCUGGAGAGGGAGAAAGAUGCUGUGCUUGACCGCAUGGCGGAGUCACAGGAAGCAGAGCUGGAACGACUGAGGACUCAGCUUCUGUUUAGCCAUGAGGAGGAGCUAACCCUUCUUAGGGAAGAAUUGCAAAGAGAGGGCUUCCGAAACACAGAAAACCUUCUCAAUGAAGCUGCUAUCAAACACGAGAAAGUGUUGGAUGAGCUGCGCAUUGGUUAUGAAGAAGAGCUGCAUUUGUUACAAAGAGAGAAGGCAAGUUUUGCCACAGAGCGAGAUGAGCUUUUUCACCAAAUUCUUGGACUAAAGGAAGAGCUAAAUCUUGCUUUGCACAGCUCCAAAGCAGAUGUGCUUGUCCAGCAGCUUCAAGAGCUUCAGGUAGAAAUUGAGGAACUGAGAAAGGGAGGAGAAGAACGAGCUCAGUUGGAAAACAAUAUUCAGUCAUUGCUAAAAAAGACAGAGGUGCUUGAAAACCAGACAAAAGAGAAAGAACAGUGUUGGGAAAACAAAUGGAAGGAGCAGGAAUUGGAAAAGGGGACAUUGAUAGAAUCUAGUAACACUUUGAAAGAAGAGUUGGACUCCAAAAUUCUGAAGCUUGAGACUCUCACAGCAGAGAACAAUCAAAUGCAGCAACAAGUACUUAAACUUUAUGAAGAAAUUGAAAAGCAGAGGACUACUUUCUCUUUUGCUGAGAAGAAUUUCGAGGUAAACUAUCAAGAGCUGAAGGAGGAGUACACAUGUCUUAUUGAGGCAAAGACACAGUUAGAAGACAGAACCCUGAAGGAGACACUUGAGUUUGAAGCAAAAAUCACCAGCCUUCAGUCACAGAUUAAGGAGCUAAAGGAGCGCAGCAGAGAUAUCAAAUUGGAGGACACAAGUACAGAUAAAUGGGUAAAUACUGUGAUAGAAAAAGAUACGACUGAACUAAUGGAGAAACUUAAUGUUACUUUGAGUGAGAGGGAAAGCCUGGCUGCGAGGCUUUCCGAAGUUACAGAGCAACUGAUGUUAACAGAGAUCAAAGUGGAGCAGCUGGAAGAAGAGUUGACGAAAGUGAGACAAAUUAAUGUGAAGGUCAUUGCACACAACGAAAGCCUAGGGAAAGAAUUGGAAAAGAAGCAAGAGAUUAUGAGAAAGCAGACCAAGGGGCAUUCUGCCCAGAGAAAAGCUAAGCUCCAGCAAGAAGAACAAGCCGUUGAGCCAGUUUGUUCUUUUGAGGAUCAUCACCUUCAGAUUCAAUCUUUGCAAGAGUCCUUCUUGCAGACAGCUGAAUCUGAGAGAGACAGCUUUCGGCAAACCCUGGAGCUCCAGAGGCUUUCACAGACUCCAUCUCCAGCGGCAGUCCAAUCCUCGGGGGAGGGACCUGUUGAAGAAAAAUCCACCCUGCACAAGCCCACAGCCUCAGGGUCAAGCAGGCGCAAGAGACGGCAGAGGUCCAAGCAGGAGCGUAAAUUGGGCACCGCUCUUUCAGACUGCAGAGAAGAAAAACAAAGGGAGGAGGUAGAGGAGCUAGUGGGGGAGGAAGAGAGAGCAACAAGUGCUGCAGAGCAGGAGAUGCAGCCUCAGAUGGAGAGCCAGGUUAUGUCAUGUUCACAAGAGAGCACCGGUAAGGAGGACUCCAUUGAUGGGUACUCAGGAGACGGAGGCAAAGACCACAUCAACAAACGGGUGAGAGGACAUGGGACGGGCCACCACACUGAGUCUGCCGUGUGUCAGGGAGCAGAGGAAGAGGGAGCAGAGGAAGAGGGACAGACUACUGAGCAUGAUAAGUGCAGGCUGCGCAUGGAGGCCACGCGCAUCAGCCUGUCUCAGAUCCACGCCGCCCAGCUCGAGCUGCUGCAGGAGGAUUCGGACGCUCGCACACACACUCUGGAGCUGAAACUGCAGAACCUGAAAGAUCACGAUGAGCCUAAAAUCCUCAAAUUUCACAACAUGUUACAAGCCGUGUCCGAAGAAUGCAAUGAUAUCAUUCAGGAUUUUAAAAAGCUGUUUGGUGAAGAGUUUUUGGAGAGGGCUGCUGCAGAAAGCGGGCCUCCCCCUUCAGUGGACAGACCAGAAACUAUUGAAUCCACCUCCAUUGUACUGCACGCCAGAGAGCUCUACAUAGAUCUUCAGCAGGUGAGAGAGAAGAUUGAGCAGGAACAUUAUCGACUGUCACAGCUCCAGACUCUGCUGAGGACUGAUGGGAACAAGAUGAGGGAGCUGCAGCUGGCAUAUGAGAACUUAAAGAGCAGCAGUGAGAAGGAGAUCUCUGACCUGCGUGUGCAGAUUUCCAGCUUAAACCCUUCUACAAGCAAAGAUCUGGAGGAGCAGGCCGGUGCACCCGCUACCUUCCCUACCAAGGAAUUACAGAGGCUGAAGGCUGAAGAGCAAGAGAAGCAGCUCCAGCUGGAGGAGAGUCACAGGCAAGAGAUGGAGCGUCUCCGAGCUCACUACCAGCAGCAGGCCACUGAGAGUGAGGAGCGAUACGCCAUCGAGCUCUUCAUGCUGCAGCAGCGCCUGCAGGAGGUCACAGGCACUCAGUACCACUACAGUGCUCCAGAGUCCAGCUGUGAGAGGAUGGAGGAGCAUGGAGAUGAACUAAAGGUUUGGCUGGAUCUUGGUGAAGAGGAACUGUCAGAGGGAGGUGUGGUAUUGCGCUGGCCUGUCAGGUCUGCAGACCUGACAGCACAGCUGCAGGCACUGAGGAAAGCUCUCUACCACAAAUAUGUCCAAGAAGUAGCUGCUCUCAAAGAGCAGCACAACAGAGAGCUGAGGAGACUUACUGAAGAAAAGAAACAGCAGAAGAUAACAGAGGAGCGUCAAGAGAGGAGAGGAGGGAAAGAGCAGAAUCUCAAUGGUAUAAGCCGCGGUGGAGACUCCAGUGAGAGCCUCACGGCAGUUGGGCAGCUUGUGCUGGAAGACAGACAACACUGGGAGAGGGUGGAGGAAGAAGUAGCCAAGGCCAUAGUUCAGAUGUCAGUGGAGUUUGCACAGCAGAUUGAGCUGGCUCGUAUCAACAAGCGUGCCUGCCAGAGAAGCGCCUCCAUGCAGACCCGGUCAGAUAAAGAGGAGGUGGAGGAGAUGGAGAAUGAGGAGCGGAUGACUCCCAGAGCUCCUCUCACCUCAGGCUCCUGGCUGGGGGAAGUGGAAAAGGAGAGACUGGAGAGAGAGCUGGAGGACAGGGAUGCUGAGAUCAGAAAGUUGAAAGAGGAGCUCCAGAAAACUGAAUCAGGACAUGAGCAGGCAUUAAAGAAGGGAAACAGCCAAGAAGAAGUUGAGGAAGAGGAAGAUCCCGGCGGGCCGGAAAUAAAGAAGGCUGGUAGAGGCAACCUGUCAUCACAAGAGGAAAGAGAAUCCUCUAAUAAGGACACUGAAAGAAACAUCCUGCGUGCGGCCAAUGAGAAACUUAGUCAGGUGCUGGUUGACGUCCUGAAGACUACUGCAGCAGCGGAGGAAACGAUGGGGCUCCACAUGCAGAGUCUACGUGAUGCUUCCAGUCGAGGGCAGCAGGCAGCCACGCCCCAUUCUACCACACAGAGCGCUAACGCCGAGCCCGUCAGAUCUUAUGCUGCAGGUCCCUCUGCAGAAAUUUGCCAUGGCAGCGAGGCCGCCGCAGACAACGUGAGUCUGUGGUCUGGGGAGACAGAGGCUGGCGAGGGUCUGGAGGUGUCCCAGCAGAUGAUGGACGACCUGCUGCACGGGGCGGGGACACAGCUAGAGAAUGAGGAGCUUUUAAUGGGCAUAAGCAGACGACUCCAAACUGCUCUGGAGAAGAUGUUGAUGGCCAUCAACGACACCACCAACCAGCUUGAACAUGCCAGGAUGACCCAGACUGAGCUGAUGCGUGAGUCCUUCCGCCACAACCAGGAGAUGAACGAACUGAUUCAGAAGCAGGAGGAGCUGCAGGAACGGUUGUCUGAGGAGGCCCGGGCACGGGAGCAGCUGGCUCUGGAACUUCACCGGGCUGAGGGUCUGAUUGAUGGCUACACGGGUGAACGGGCUGUGCUGGAGGAGCAGUUGCGUCACAAGGAAGAGCUUCGUCUGAGCCUUGAGCAAGAGCUGCAGGUGACAGGUAGCCGGCUGCAAGAGUUGGAGAACGAGAGGCUUCAGAUGCAAGAGGAGCGGGCGCUGCUGUCACGGCAACAAGACGCCAUGAGGGAGAAUGCCGGGCCCCGUGAGCUUCGCCUAGUUGAAGCUGCAAUGGUUGCAGCACCUGAAGCAGACCUUCUGGAGGAGACGGAAAAGCUGAUGAAGGAGAAGGUGGAGGUACAGCGUCAGGCGGAAAAGGAAAAUGCCGACCUCCUGAAGCAGGUGAAGCUCCUGGAGGUGGAGCUGGAGGAGCAGGUCAACAGAGUGAUUGAGCUGGAGCACGCUCAGAGCACAGAGAGCGGAGACCUCCUACAACAGGUCCAAGCUCUGGAGAAACAGCUGGAGAAGAACCGGAGGUUCCUUGAUGAACAAGCUGUGGACCGAGAACAUGAGAGGGAUUUCUUCCAGCAGGAGAUCCAGAAACUGGAACAACAGCUGAAGAAUCCACAGAAGCUUCAGGCUGGCUCUGAGCAAAGAAACCGAGAGGUGGAUGGAGUAAGCUCUAAGGUGGACCAGCUGACCUCGCAGCUAAAGGAGAAGGCGGAUUGGUGCAGUGAGCUGCUGCUCAGCUCAGAGCAGCUGCGUCGUGAUUUGGGAGAGCGUGACGAAGAGAUUGACAAACUGGAGAGCCGCAUCCGCGAACUGGAGCAAGCCCUGCUAGCCAGCGCUGACUCCCUGGAGAAGAUUGAACAUAAAAAGCAGCAUGCAUCCAUCACAGAGGCAAAACACUCCACACUGGAGGCUCAGUUACAGACAGAAAGAGAAGCUCUGGAGCGGAAAGAGAAAGAGAUCAGUAACCUGGAAGAGCAGCUGGAGCAGUUCAGAGAAGAGCUGGAGAACAAGAGCGAGGAGGUGCAGCAGCUUAACAUGCAGCUGCAGAUCCAGAGGAAGGAGAUUAGCAGCCAGCAGCAAUACCUAGAAACCAGGGAUAGCAUGCUCCAGGUGAUGGAGGAGAAGGACAGGGAAAUAGCUCUUCUUAAUGAACAGAUCACUAGGCUCCAACACAUGGAAACAGCCUCUGAUAACAAGGAGAUUGAGGGGAGGGAUGAGCUGAUUAAAGACCUGGAGUCCCAGGUGGAGUGCCUGCAGAGCGAACAAGAAACCUUAAAGAGGAAUAAUGACGAGGAGCUCGACCAACUAAAUGCAGUCAUAGACAGACUUCAGCAAGAGCUGGCCAAUAUCGAGCAGAAGCAGGCUACAGAGGAAGAUGAGGACACCAAGGCUGAGACAGAAACCGCUAUAUGGAGGCCAAGUAAAGAGGAAUACGAUGAAAUGAAGCAGAGAAUGGACCUAGCCACCAAAGAGGUCAAUACACUCAAAGCUGAGCACAGUAAGCUGUUGGAGACAUACCUGCGCUUGAAAGAGAGUGCAGAAGCUUUAGCUGAUACAGAAAAACUGGAGAGCUCAGAAGGCGAACUUGAAGAAGCUCUCAGAGAGAAAACGGCAGGCUUUGUAGUCAUGCAGGCCCAAGUACAAGCUUUAGAGCAGAGUGCAACAUCCAGAGUGGAAGAGUUGGACCUCCGCAUCCAGGAGCUCGAGGACGUGGUCGAUGAAAAGGACUGUGAAUUAAGCCGCUGUCGCCUCCUUGUGGAGCAAACACAAAGCUCUUCAAAUGGUCUCCAACAAAGGGUCUCUAAUCUAGAGGACAAUCUGAGGGAGAAACUGGCUGCCGCACUUGUCAGCCAGGCCACACUGGAGGCCUUCCAGCAACAUCAGUCACAAGGAUCCAAAGAAGACCAGGAGCAGCAGGCACAUGCUGAGCCACAUGUCUUUGACUUUGGUGACUUUGGUAUUCCUCAAAUGGAUUUAAGUAGAAUCGGCCAAGCGAGACAAGUUCCAACAGGGAAGGUGGUCCAUCUGACCCAGAGGCUUCGGGAGCUGGAGGUGGGACUCAGUGGGAUGCAGAAAGACCAGGAGCUCCAGAAGCAGCUGCUCUCUAGCUCUGAGGAGGAGGUGCUUGAGUAUGAGAGGAGGCUGGCCGUGCUCAUGGAUCUGCUCAGUCAGAUGAAGGCCAGGACACACCAGAGGACAUCACCGGCUGUGGGGGGGUCCUCUGCUGCUGAGAGACCGGCUGCUGUGUCCGAGCUUCUCCAGGAGUUCCAGGAGGUCAAAGAUGAGGCCUCGGCCACCAAAGAGCAGCUCAGCAGCUACAAGGAGAGCUGUAGCAGAUUCCAGGAGGAGCUCCAAGACAAAACUGUUACAAUAGAGAGACUACAGGACCAACUUCAAAAGGUUUCAUCUGGAAACCGUGAGGAGACCAAUGUGUCUGAGCUUCAACAGGAGUUAAAGAAGGCUCAAAAUGAGGCAGCUGCGGCCAAAGAGGAGUUGAACAGCUGUAAGGAGAGCUUAGAGAAGCUCCAGGAGCUGCUGCAGGAGCGGGAAAUGGACAUCGCUCACCUUAAAGGAGAACUUUUUAAAGUACAAGCUGAAGAAGACAAAGCAAAUAUGGCAGAGCUUGUCCAGGAGCUGGAGGAGAUCAGAAACAAUGCGGCUUCGACCAAAGAAGAGCUCAACUGCUACAGGCAGCAUAAUGAGAAACUUCUGGAGGACCUCAAAGUCCGUGAAGUUUCCAUUUCAAAACUUAAAGAGGAGUUUCAGGGCCUGGGAAAGAAAAUGGAUACCACCAAAGAAGAACUCAACAGCUACAAGCAGCACAAUGAGAAACUACAGAAGGAACUCCACGUCCGUGAGCUCUCCAUUUCUGAGCUUAAAGAGGAGCUCCAGGAGGUACGAACAGCCUUGAUGAAGACAGCGGAUUCUGGUCUUCCAUCUCCUUCUCCAUCUCCUUCUCCGUCUCCCUCUCCGUCUCCCUCACCUCAGCCUCUUUCCACUACUGCUUCUUCCUCCUCCACCAUCCAACCUAAAAGGAAAGGCGGCAAACAGCAGGCUGCUAAAGGAAGUAGUGCCAAAGAUAAAACAUCUCUCUCCAGAAAAAACGCCACUUCCAGUCAGUCCUCCAACAAAUUGCAUAGAGCUCGACUAAACAGCAGCUCUGAGCAGCAACACACGGCGGUAACACACUCGUUCACACAGACCGAACCUCUCCAAAUGUCUGACCUCUGCCCAGAAAGUGAGUCUGCAACCAAAGACGAGAUGGAGGAGGUGAUCGGAGAGUUUGAAGAGAAGAUUGGACAGAUGCAGGAGCUCCAUGCGGCAGAAAUACUGGACAUGGAGGCUCGGCAUAUUUCAGAGAGCGAGACCCUUCGUAGGGACACACAGGUCCUGGAGGAUGAGUGUAAGGCCCUCAAGGCGGUCAUCGACAAGUUGCGCUCCACAGAGGUGCCUUCCUUAAGACAAGACCGUCCUGCAUCACAGUUCAAAGAUGGCUACACAAGUGACAGCAGCUCAGACUACAGCCAGCGGACUGGAUUUGACUUCCCGAGCUUGCAGCAGGAGUUUCGGACAACUCCAGAGGGUGCCAGGAGAGAGACUGGUGAUCCACUGCCUGACCGGAUCAAGUUGUUGCUCCGUGAGGUACACCAGGAGGGCAUGCAGGUUCUCUCUCUCUCAGAACUCCCUCUCACUGAAGGCGAGCCUGGCAGCCAGUUCGUCGCAGGCUGGGUGAAGGAAAGAGAUGCUUUACUGGCGACUGUGGAGUCUCUCAAAGGCCUCAUCACCCAGAUACAGACACACAGAGAAACACAGACGUCAGGCGGAGUAGACUGGCGCAGUGAGCUGUUGGAUGCAGUGCGGCAGGUGUUUAUGAGGGAGCGCAGCGUGCUGAAGAGUGCCCUCUACAGCCAGUUGGACCUGCUGGACACCAGCGAUGCCAUCAUCCACCUCAAUCAGCUUGAGCACAGACUGGCUGAACAGGACGCCCAGCAUAGCGAGGCGAUGGGUUUGCUGCACACUGCGGACAGGACCAGUCUGAUCUCUGAGAUUCGUCAGCUCCAUGGUCAACUAGAACAACUUCAUCAAGGUGCCCAGCCUGCUGUGUCAGUAGGUGGAGAACAUGGCAUGAAAGAGCAAAGGGCAGGAGGUGGAGCUGAUGGAGCAGCGGAGGCUGACAGGCUUCUGGUGGAGGAGCUGAAGGGUGAACUGUCCCAGACUAAACUGGAGCUGGAGACAACACUCAAGGCUCAGCACAAACACCUCAAAGAGCUGGACACACUCAGGGCAGAGGUAUCGCAGAAGGCUGUUGAGGUGGACGCACUGAACGAUCAUCUGACAGAGGAGAGGAAGAGAAGCAGAGAUCUUCAGUGGGCCAUAGAGAAGGAGAGGUGUCGAACUUUGAAAAACGAGGAGAGUAAACAAGAAGAACUGGAGGACCUGCACCUCAUUCUAGAGGAGCAGAAGAGCCGCAUGGCCCAGCUGAGCCUUACCCUGGAACAGGAGCGCCAGGCUUCGUCUCAGCUCUCCCAAAAGGCCGAGCAGGAACAUCUCAGUCUCCACAGUCGCCUCCAGGAACUCCAGGUCCAGUUGGAGACAGAGCAAGCCAAGGCCCAGGAGAUGAGCACUGCGCUGGAGAGGGAGCGGCAGCUGCGGACGAGUGUGUCCUCUGACCGUGGUCCAUCUAGUGAGCAACGGGUCGAGGAGGAGAGGACGGGGGUCAACGAAGGAGAAAGUCUGCUGGAAAGACUGCAGAAGGAGCUGGAUGACAAACAUGCACAGGUUGUGCGUCUCCUCAGUCAGGUGGAGGCCCAGAAGCUCGAGGUGGUACGAAAAGAGGAGGAGCUGACAUUGGGGAGUCAGAGGUCAAGACGGGACCAUGAGGCGCUGUUGGAAGCCCGGGCCCAGCUGGAGAGCCUGGAAAAACGAAUAUCUGAGGCCCAGGAGCAGCUACAGAGAGAGAUGGAGAAGAGGAAGAGUGUAGAAGAGGAGAAUGAUAGGCUGGAGGAGAGGUUGAGUCAGUUAGGACAGCAGAGAGAAGGGAGAGAGGGGAGCGGACCUCUGCAGGCUGAUGGCCACAGUCAGGCUGUCUGUCACAACAAGUCAACCGACCGCACCAAAGACUGGGUGUUCCGGCAGAAAGGUGAAGACAGCGGUCAGACAGCAAGCUCCGCUGCGUCCCCUAACCUAACAGGUCACACCAGCGGACCACACCAUGGUCCUUGGCACACAGUCGACAAGAUCCUGGGCACACUCCACCUCGUUUCCUCCAAGAUCCACGUCAUGGCAAACAAGACCACUGGCAGGUUGACUGCAGAGGUCGACAGUGAAGAGUUAUCCUGGGUGCAGUCCAAUGUUGAUGAGGUCAUCACUAUGCUGCAGCAAUCCCCGGGUCUACCCUCCGUCCCUGAGAGUGUUUCCCUGCUGGCAGGAGGCUCCUCCAGCUCCUCCAACUCCCUGACGGAGCGACUGCUGAGGCAGAACGCCGAGCUGACGGGUUUCGUGAGCCGGCUGACCGAAGAGAAGAAUGAUCUGAGGAACCACACGCUCCGCUUGGAAGAAGAGCUCCGACGCUACCGGCAGGCUGGACUGGGAUCAGGUGACAGUUUCAGCAGCAGGAGAGGAGUGUCGAAGGCGGACUCUGGGGUUAUGAUACUUUCCCAGGAGCGGGAGGCUUGGACGAGAGAGAAGGUCCGCCUGGAGAAGGCUUUACUUCUGGCCCAGGCCCAAGUGGCCCGACUUCGUGGGGAGAUCAGGACCGACGCACUGCGAGAGAUGACUGGACCUGAGGCUGACAAUGCUGCACUGAAGAGGAUGUAUGGAAAGUACUUGAGAUCAGAAAGCUUCCGCAAAGCACUCAUCUACCAGAAGAAGUAUCUGCUGUUACUGUUGGGUGGCUUCCAGGAGUGUGAGGAAGCCACUCUGUCUCUGCUCUCCAGGAUGGGCGGCCGGCCGUCGCUCCCCAGCCUGGAGUCCCUCAGCCAGCGCCGCCGGGGACUGACGCGCUUCCGCUCGGCUGUCCGAGUCUCUAUCGCCCUCUCCAGAAUGCGUUUCCUAGUGAAGCGAUGGCACAAGGCGACGGGGAUAAGCUCCACAUCCUCCUGCAGCAUCAACAAGAACAGUGCAGGACAGAUAUUAGAUACGGAGGUGAGAGACUCACCGUAUCUUCACCCGGGCAGCGUGGAGAUGUACAGAGAAAGAGGAAGCGGAGGAGUCUCCAGCGGCAGGGGCCGAAGUGGACGUGAAUCCCCCAGAUCGGCUGUCUCCUCACACCACAGGCUUCACAUGGCUGGGGACCCCGGAGCGCUCACCUGUUCCCACCUGCAGAGCUACGACCCCGACCGAGCGCUCACUGACUACAUCUCCAGACUGGAGGCGCUGCAGAGGAGGCUGGGGAGUGUGACAUCAGGUGCUUCUUCCUAUACUCAACUGCACUUUGGCUUGAGAAGAUAAGACGCUGUCAAGUUAUUUUAGCUUGAGAAAACUCAGUUGCCUUUUUCUCAUGCUGAGCGCUAUCUUUCUGGUGUGGACUGUAUCUUUCCAUGUGGACCAAAACACAUUUUUUUACUAGUGUACGACAUGUUAUAUUCAGGCUUUUUGUCGCCCGCACUUGAAAAACAGCUGUUUGUAAAUGAGUCUGCCUCUUUGUUGUGGAUGAGCUACAAUCAUGUAUAUUUGUCUAAUGCUAAUUUAAGACCUUGUGAUUAUUAAUUUAUAUGUUUGUGUUGUAUGGGCGGAGCGUUAGGUAGAGAAUGUUUGGGUUUAUCGUUAAGGAGGCUGCUACUGGAUAUUCUACACUACACUGUGUUUUGCUUAGGCCAGACUACAGAGGACAUUUGUAGAGAACGUAUUUUUGUAAAGCGUAGGAGCUUUGAAAUUUCUGGGUAUUUUGUCAAAAACUGAAAUAAAGAGGACUACAUUAUUUGAAAGA